UUGUUGCCUCAACAGUCACACCAAACAACGAAUCAUAAUCAGCAGCAUCAGCAGCAGCCAACUAACUCCAGCACUUUAAACGCUCAGCAGCAAUUCCAUACCCCUUUAAACUUUUUAACAGGCCUCCAGGAUUCUAUUUGGGCUGCUUCUGAAGACAGUGACAAUAAAAGACAUUAUUUACAAUCUUCAUCGAAUCAUCAACCGUCUCAAAGAAGUUUGCUACUACCGCAGAGUCGUAAUCUAAGUUUUGAUGGCACAGUAGGUAGUGGUCAGUUAUUGCAUCAAGUUCGUAUUCAGUCUGGUGUAAGCAGUGCUAGAGUUUCUAAUCCGACAUCCGCUGUGUUCACAAAUAGUUUGAUGCAACAAAGCUUACAGCAGCACCAACCUCAAGUGACCGCAAUACAAAACGGAUUGACACAAAAUACAAAUAAAUCCUGA